UCUCUCUCUCUCUCUGUUCAGAAUAAUGAUAACGAGACGGCGCUGCACUGUGCGUCUCAGUACGGACACACAGCGGUGGUGCAUCUGCUGCUGGAGGAGCUGACCGACCCCACCAUGAGGAACAAUAAGUUCGAGACGCCGCUGGAUCUGGCGGCGCUGUACGGCCGGCUGGAGGUGGUCAAACUCCUGCUGAGCGCUCACCCGAACCUGCUCAGCUCCAACACCAGAAAACACACACCGCUGCAUCUGGCGGCCCGCAACGGACACCUGCCUGUGGUGGAGGUGCUGCUGGCGGCCGGAGUGGACAUCAACUACCAGACAGAGAAAGGCAGUGCCCUUCAUGAAGCAGCUCUGUUCGGAAAGACAGAAGUGGUGCAAAAACUGCUCAAAGCAGGUAUCGAUGUGAAUAUCGUGGACUGUAAGAAUCUGACAGCGCUGGACACUGUUAGAGACAUGCCCUCGCAGAAGAGUCGACAGAUCGCUGGACUCAUACAAGCUCACAUGAGCGGCUGUCCUGCAGACUUCAGUCUUCCUCCUCCACCAGUGCCUCCUCCUCAAGACGGACUCAGCCCCAAGAGAAAAGGAGAAGCGCAGCAGCAGGCGAGUGAGCCGGUGUCUGCUGUAGCUCAGUCUCCAGUGGAGGAGUCUCCGUAUGAAGCUCUGUUUGAGGCUCUGUCCUCCUGCCACUCUCUGGACAGCCUGACCAGCGGGAAAUCCUCCGACAGAGACUCCGGACGGCCCGACAGCGACGCCGGCAAGAAAGAGCGUCCUCCAGCUCAGAGUCAGCCGGCUCUAGAAGAGGAUCCCAGCUCAGAGGCGAUUUACACUAACAGCAGUGUGGAUGAGCGAAUCGAGCCUCUGGAGGAGGAAGAUCACACAUACGAGCUGUUGGUCACUGCACAGACCAAAACUCCCAACAACACACACAGCAGAACUGAUGUGGAUGUCUCUGCAAAGUCUUCCAACAGUGUCCUACCUCAGCGAAAGACCGCCGCACACAUCGACCUGCGACCUCCAGGGUCCGACACGCACACACUGCAGCCACCCGCACCUGCGUUCAGCUCCGACAUUAGCUCUGGCGUUCCUGAGCAGUUCACUGGUCUCCUUCACGGCUCCUCGCCGGUUCUGGACUGUCGGGAAAUUUCCGGUGAGGUUCCGGUUUCCGAGACUCUUCCCAAAUCGGCGCUGAUCAUGGAAGCCCUCCUGCAGGACACCGACCCCAAAGCCAUCUACGCCACGGUGCACAAAGAGCCCAGGGAUUCGCCCAAACGCAGCUCUCCUGCGGUGACCAGGAGGAAGCCUCCGCCGCGGGAUCUCCAGCUAGCACGCAGCCUUUCCAAAUCCGACUCUGACCUGCUGGUGUCGCCGCCGGGGGAAGAAGACGUGGGAUUGGUUGGACGGAGCGAGUCAGUGUCAAACUGCAGCAUGAGUAAGAGAAGGCUGGAAAAAUCCCCUUCCUUCACUUCAGAAUGGGACGAGAUUGAGAAGAUCAUGACUCUGAUUGGUGCUGGCAUUGACUUCUCCAAAGAGCAGGACUGCACAGGUGGGUCCGGGAGGCUUCUGGAGCAGCCGGUCGGGGAUUGGCUGGAGCAUAUAGGCCUUCCACAGUACGAGAGCAAACUACUGCUCAACGGAUUCGAUGACCUGCGCUACAUG